GAUUGUAUCUGAGCCCUGCCCUUAUAGGGUAGCCUCAGGCUUUGCCAAUUACCUUCCCAUCACUGAAUCCAAAAGAUCGGAGUCGGGAAAGCCAGCUAAUUUCCAGAUGUCCUAAAUUGAGAUUGGAGAAAGGAGCCUAAGUGGGGCUGGGCGGGUCUGAGAGCUCCCGCCAAACCAAAACAAAAAAGAAUAGGAUUGCCAAGGCCACCAGCAUUGGUGGUGCGGAGGGGAGUAUCGGGGUGUGUAGGAGCCACCUCAUCCCACAUGGGGGAAUGGAGUCCUCUGGGUGACCCUGACAUCCGCCAGGCUUCCCGAACCUACAGAAUCAUAGACCCAGGAAGCGCCCUUAGAGAUGCCUCACACCCCACUUCCGUCCUGCGUCAGCCACUUUUCCCUAACGUCUUUCUGACCCUGCUGUAGCCCUCCUGGGUAAUGGCCAACAGCAUGGAAAUGUAGUAGCACCAGGAGUGUGAUCCCAAUGCUGUGUGGACAAAGACUUUUCCAGCCUUAGAGACUAGUUCCUGUUUUCUCCCUCUGCCUCUAAGCCCAACUCCAGCUGGGCCACCCACCCGUAGAGUCUGUACAACUCUCCAACUCUGAGCCUGGAAAGACGCCUUCCCCAGAUAUCCCCUAGACAGGAUCCCUGGGACACAGCCCACCAGCAGCGCAGCAGGGUGAGGCAGACAGACCAGGAAGCAGAGACGGAGGAAUUCUUCACUGCAGAGAAAGAGGGGAAAGCCAGACUUCUGGCCUGGGAAUUGACCUAAUGGGAACUGUACCAAAGGGUGGGGCCAGAUCCUUGGCUGUGGGAACUGACCAGGACCUGGGCUAGACAAGGGAGCUGCCACAGAGCCAGGGCAGAGGUUUGGUCCCUCUGCUCUCCCCAUUCCUUGCUCUUUCCCUGGGUCUUCUUUCUGUCUAUUGUUGAAACACAGCAAAUGUGGCCAUGGUGGUGGGGGAUGGGAAGGAUUGCAUUUAUUUGCCUUGAUCCAGCCUGGGAGAAGUCAGGAUAGACUCUGGGUUGCUUGGCCCUGGGGGCAGCUUGAGCUGGGACUGGCAUGGGGGCUCCUGAGGGGCUGCCUAGGACACUGCAGCUUUUGUGCCUUCUCCUGGCUGCCAACACCCCCACACACACUGCUGCAGCCACUCUAAAGCCCUUUGUCUUUCACUGCUUAGUCACCCCCUUUGUCCUCAUCUCAAAUAGGGGAGUGGAAAGGGGCAGUAGAGUUCUCUGGUGAUAGCUCCUCUUGCCCCUGCCCCUUCUGGUCUCCCAUCCCUUGUCUGACUCCUCUAGUCCCAGCCCCCUUGGCUUAGAACCAGGGUCAGGCAAGUGGUGGGUCAAGAGGUGGGUCUGGCAGUCACAAGGGGGUGGGUGAUCCAGGAAGUGACAGGCACCAGGGCAGGUAUUACCGACCUGAGCAGAAAGGGAGGGGGAAAGGAAGUAUUCUGACGGAUAUGAUAUGCGGAGGACAGGAGGUGACAAAGCAGAGUUAAUAGGGGAAUAGAGGCAGUAGGAGGUGGUCCACUUCUGGGAAAGGAAAGGGACUGCUGACUGCACUCUCCUUCCUGGGGAUUUCCUGGGGAAACAAGCAGCGAGAGGAUGGGGUGAGCAGAAAUUGCCCCUACUUCUGAACCCUUCCUUGCCCUGAGAGUUCACACCCAAGACCUCUUUUGCGAGUUCCCUCCUAUCCAAAGUCAAAGGAAUAAUUUGCUUCCUUCCCUAACACCACCUCUUCCUCCCCAGCCACUCUCCCACCCCAGGCAAUGGAUUUCUCCCAGUACCCUAAUUUCCCUAUAAGCACAAUGCUGCCUCCACCCCCUCCCUGCCACAGGGAGAAUUAAAAAGAAAAGAUUACUAGAUAUUCCAGGAACCACUGGGUUCUCAGAGCAAGGUGGGGUGGGUGGUGGGAGCCAGGUGGGGAUUCCCCCAGACUGAUACUGGAUGAAUCUGGGUUCCUGAGAGCAAGUCUUGCCUAUGCUGGGGGCUGGCUGACUUGAGGCUGGGGGAGGGUUUAGGGCAGUUGGGAGUGGGUAGGAGAAGGGCCAAAAGCCUGGGGGAAGCUACUGGGAGCUGGGCCAGGGAAAUGGGGAGUCAGGAAGUGGGGAGGGGGAACCCUGGGGGGAAACGGAGGCGGAAUGGAUGUUCUGGGCUUUGGAGGGGGUGGGUAGUGGUAACUCAGGAAGGGGGAUCCUGAGGGAGAGAAGGGACGUUAGAAAAGAGGAGGUGCCACCCUGGAUCAGCCUAUAAAAGGAAAAGUCGUUAACCCCUCCUGCCUUGUCAUCUGCCGCCUCCAGUACGUUCAUUCCAAGCAGGAUCAUCCUACCUUUGGGCAGUCAACUCCCUGAUCACUGUCUCCUUGCCUCCCCCAUUGCUCUGCCUCUUUUACUCUUCCCAGUUGCUCAGUUCUAUCCUGAGCCAUGUCAAGUUACCUCCUUUCUUUGUUCUUCCCUCUUGAUGUCUCCUUACCUGUUCCCUACCCUCUUUUCUCAGGCAGUUCACUCAGUCCCCGCAGCCCUGGAAACCAGCCACUAGGGCCAAAGGGCAGCAUGAGGGAGCCUUGAGAAAAGAGAGGCCAUGCUAGGUUAGACUGUAAGAGCAGAAAUUCUCCCAGGACCGUGAUCCUAUCUGUGCAUGCUGGCCAGGCCCUUUCCCUCACUCUCUGCCUCUCCUGGGGCUCUGUCCCACCAAAAAGGGAAAGAGACAGCUGAGGGCUGAUUGUGGAGUUUGGGAAAAGGCUAUGUCAUCAGCUGGCCCAGUGCCUAUUAUCCAUUCGACUGCUAGAGAUUCCCCUCCCCUGGGCAAGUCCCAUUUUUUUGGGAAGCGAUGAUACACCCAUCUGAGUUCCACCGACAGAGCUCAGCUGAGUGGCUUAGAGAUCAGCCAAUCAAUCGCAGAGGCUCACCAUGCUUAAAAGAGCUGGCGCGGAGAGAGGCUGGGGAGAACCCACAGGGAGACCCACAGACACAUAGGCACGAGAGAGACAGAGGAGGAAAGAGAGACAAAGGCACAGCGGAAGAAGGCAGAGACAGGGCAGGCACAGAAGCGGCCCAGACAGAGUCCUCCUACAGAGGGAGAGGCCAGAGAAGCUGCAGAAGACACAGGCAGGGAAAGACAAAGAUUCAGGAAAGGAGGGCUCAGGAGGAGAGUUUGGAGAAGCCAGACCCCUGGGCGCCUCUCCCAAGCCCAAGGACUAAGUUUUCUCCAUUUCCUUUAAAGGUCCCCAGCCCUUCUGAAAACUGCCUCUGACCUUGGCAGGAGUCCAAGCCCCCAGGCUAACAGAGAGGAGCUUUCCAAAGCUAGGGUGUGGAGGACUUGGUGCCCCAGACGGCCUCAGUCCUUCCCAGCUCCAGUACCAGUGCCAUGUCCCAGACAGGCGCGCGUCCCGGGAGGGGCUUGGCGGGGCGCUGGCUGUGGGGAGUCCAACCCUGCCUCCUGCUCCCCAUUGUGCCGCUCUCCUGGCUGGUGUGGCUGCUUCUGCUACUGCUGGCCUCUCUCCUGCCCUCGGCCUGGCUGGCCAGCCCCCUCCCCCGGGAGGAGGAGAUCGUGUUUCCAGAGAAGCUCAACGGCAGCGUCCUGCCUGGCUCGGGCGCCCCUGCCAGGCUGUUGUGCCGCUUGCAGGCCUUUGGGGAGACGCUGCUACUAGAGCUGGAGCAGGACUCCGGCGUGCAGGUCGAGGGGCUGACAGUGCAGUACCUGGGCCAGGCGCCUGAGCUGCUGGGUGGAGCAGAGCCUGGCACCUACCUGACUGGCACCAUCAAUGGAGAUCCGGAGUCGGUGGCAUCUCUGCACUGGGAUGGGGGAGCCCUGUUAGGGGUGUUACAGUAUCGGGGGGCUGAACUCCACCUCCAGCCCCUGGAGGGAGGCACCCCUAACUCCGCCGGGGGACCUGGGGCUCACAUCCUACGCCGGAAGAGUCCUGCCAGCGGCCAAGGUCCCAUGUGCAACGUCAAGGCUCCUCCUGGAAGCCCCAGCCCCAGACCCCGAAGAGCCAAGCGCUUUGCUUCACUGAGUAGAUUCGUGGAGAUGCUGGUGGUAGCAGAUGACAAGAUGGCCGCAUUCCACGGUGCGGGGCUAAAGCGCUACCUGCUAACAGUGAUGGCAGCAGCGGCCAAGGCCUUCAAGCACCCAAGCAUCCGCAAUCCUGUCAGCUUGGUGGUGACUCGGCUAGUGAUCCUGGGGUCAGGCGAGGAGGGGCCCCAAGUGGGGCCCAGUGCUGCCCAGACCCUGCGCAGCUUCUGUGCCUGGCAGCGGGGCCUCAACACCCCUGAGGACUCGGACCCUGACCACUUUGACACAGCCAUUCUGUUUACCCGUCAGGACCUGUGUGGAGUCUCCACUUGCGACACACUGGGUAUGGCUGAUGUGGGCACCGUGUGUGACCCGGCUCGGAGCUGUGCUAUCGUGGAGGAUGAUGGGCUCCAGUCGGCCUUCACUGCAGCUCAUGAACUGGGUCAUGUCUUCAACAUGCUCCAUGACAAUUCCAAGCCAUGCAUCAGUUUGAAUGGGCCUUUGAGCACCUCUCGCCAUGUCAUGGCCCCUGUGAUGGCUCAUGUGGAUCCUGAGGAGCCCUGGUCCCCCUGCAGUGCCCGCUUCAUCACUGACUUCCUGGACAAUGGCUAUGGGCACUGUCUCUUAGAUAAACCAGAGGCUCCAUUGCAUCUGCCCGUGACUUUCCCUGGCAAGGACUAUGAUGCUGACCGCCAGUGCCAGCUGACCUUCGGGCCCGACUCACGCCAUUGUCCACAGCUGCCACCGCCCUGUGCUGCCCUCUGGUGCUCUGGCCACCUCAAUGGCCAUGCCAUGUGCCAGACCAAACACUCGCCCUGGGCCGAUGGCACACCCUGCGGGCCCGCACAAGCCUGCAUGGGUGGUCGCUGCCUCCACAUGGACCAGCUCCAGGACUUCAAUACUCCACAGGCUGGUGGCUGGGGUCCCUGGGGACCAUGGGGUGACUGCUCUCGGACCUGUGGGGGUGGUGUCCAGUUCUCCUCCCGGGACUGCACUAGGCCUGUCCCCCGGAAUGGUGGCAAGUACUGUGAGGGCCGCCGCACCCGCUUCCGCUCCUGCAACACUGAGGACUGCCCAACUGGCUCAGCCCUGACCUUCCGCGAGGAACAGUGUGCUGCCUACAACCACCGCACCGACCUCUUCAAGAGCUUCCCAGGGCCCAUGGACUGGGUUCCUCGCUACACAGGCGUGGCCCCCCAAGACCAGUGCAAACUCACCUGCCAGGCCCGGGCACUGGGCUACUACUACGUGCUGGAGCCACGGGUGGUAGAUGGGACCCCCUGUUCCCCGGACAGCUCCUCGGUCUGUGUCCAGGGCCGCUGCAUCCAUGCUGGCUGUGACCGCAUCAUUGGCUCCAAGAAGAAGUUUGACAAGUGCAUGGUGUGCGGAGGGGACGGUUCUGGCUGCAGCAAGCAGUCAGGCUCUUUCAAAAAAUUCAGGUACGGAUACAACAGUGUGGUCACUAUCCCCGCAGGGGCCACCCACAUUCUUGUCCGGCAGCAGGGAAACCCUGGCCACCGGAGCAUCUACUUGGCCCUGAAGCUGCCAGAUGGCUCCUAUGCCCUCAAUGGUGAAUACACACUGAUGCCCUCCCCCACAGAUGUGAUACUACCUGGGGCAGUCAGCUUGCGCUACAGCGGGGCCACUGCGGCCUCAGAGACACUGUCAGGCCAUGGGCCACUGGCCCAGCCUUUGACACUGCAAGUCCUAGUGGCUGGCAACCCCCAGGAUGCACGCCUCCGAUACAGCUUCUUUGUGCCACGGCCAACCCCUUCAACACCACGCCCCACUCCCCAGGACUGGCUGCACCGAAGAGCACAGAUUCUGGAGAUCCUUCGGCGGCGCCCCUGGGCGGGCAGGAAAUAACCUCACUAUCCCGGCUGCCCUUUCUGGGCACCGGGGCCUCGGACUUAGCUGGGAGAAAGAGAGAGCUUCUGUUGCUGCCUCAUGCUAAGACUCAGUGGGGCCGGGCUGCGGGCGUGAGACCUGCCCGUCCUCUCACCCUAAUGUGCAGGCUGGCCCUGCCCUGGUUUCCUGCCCUGGGAGGCAGUGACAGGUUAGUGGAUGGAAGGGGCUGACAGACAGCCCUCCAUCUAAACUGCCCCCCCCCCCCGCCCUGCGGGUCACAGGAGGGAGGGGGAAGGCAAGGUGGGCCUGGGCCCCAGUUGUAUUUAUUUAGUAUUUAUUCACUUUUAUUUAGCACCAGGGAAGGGAACAAGGACUAGGGUCCAGGGGAACCUGACCCCUGACCCCUCAUAGCCCUCACCCUGGGGCUAGGAAAUCCAGGGUGGUGAUGAUAGGUAUAAGUGGCGCGUGUGUGUGUGUGUGAAAAUGUGUGUGUGCUUAUGUAUGAGGUACAACCUGUUCUGCUUUCCUCUUCCUGAAUUUUAUUUUUUGGGAAAAGAAAAGGGUAGUAGGGUGGGCCUUCAGGGAGUGAGGGAUUAUCUCUUUCUCUUUUCUUUUCUUUUCUUUUCUUUUCUUUUUUCUUUUCUUUUCUUUUCUUUUCUUUUUUUUGAGACAGAAUCUCCCUCUGUUGCCCAGGCUGGAGUGCAAUGGCACAGUCUCGGCUCACUGCAUCCUCCGCCUCCCAGGUUCAAGUGAUUCUCAUGCCUCAGCCUCCUGAGUAGCUGGGAUUACAGGCUUCCGCCACUACGCCCUGGCUAAUUUUUUUUUUUUUUUUUUUUUUUUUUUUUUUUAAGACAGAGUCUCGCUGUUGUCACCAGGGCUGGAGUGCAAUGGCGUGAUUUCAGCCCACUGCAACCUCCGCCACCCAGGUUCCAGCAAUUCUCCUGCCUCAGCCUCCCAAGUAGCUGAGAUUACAGUCACCCACCACCAUGCUCGGCUAAUUUUUGUAUUUUUAGUAGAGACGGGGUUUCACCAUGUUGGCCAGCCUGGUCUCCAACUCCUGACCUCAGUUGAUCCACCUGCCUUGGUCUCCCAAAGUGCUGGGAUUACAGGUGUGAGCCACUGCGCCCGGCCAUGCCCAGCUAAUUUUUGUAUUUUUAGUAGAGACAGGGUUUCGCCAUGUGGCCAGGCUGCUCUUGAACUCCUGACCUCAGCUAAUCCACCUGCCUCGGCCUCCCAAAGUGCUGGGAUUACAGGCGUGAGUCACCACGCCCGGUACAUAUUUUUAAAAUCUAAAUUGAAUUCUGCUAUUUUUAUGAUCCUUUUGGAGUCAGACAGAUGUGGUUGCAUCCUAACUCCAUGUCUCUGAGCAUUAGAUUUCUCAUUUGCCAAUAAUAAGACCUCCCUUAGAAGUUUGUUGUGAGGAUUAAAUAAUGUAAAUAAAGAACUAGCAUAAUGCUCAGCAUCUAGUAAGUGCU